CCCCACUGCGAGAGCGCCACCGCACAUCUCGAUCCCAUUUUACCUCGCUUCACACGCUGCUCUCCGCAUUAACCCAGCGCUGGUCCCAAUUUCUUCCUCGUGCUGCUGCGUCGCUUCUUCAUCUUGGGCUCUAUUUCUCCUUCCUGUUCAUCCCGACAUUGCCCACAACUUCUGGCUUCAAUUGAACUGCUUGACCCGGUAACCAGGCUAGCUUUUCUUGUUUUUCCUCUCGUCUGCACUGGCGUUUAGUUACAGCUUGAGAGCCCAGAGCCCAGCGCCCAGCGUCGUCCUUGUCUGCGACUCUCUUCUUGCGUUUCUCACAAUUAGCACGUCGCCCUAUCGCCAAUAAGCCAUCUCUCCUCCUCCUCAUUGCCUUCAAACAGUCACCAUGGCAAACACCCAGACCUCUGCGACCGCUCAUGGCGCGCAGGGCGAUGCAAACCCCUUCCAGGAUCCUCCUCGAUCUGGUGUUGAGAGCGACAGCGACGCAACUAGCGUUUCGUCAGGUCCUAAUGAGAAUAUCGCGUCGCAGUCCGAGAAGCCGCGACCGAUGAAGGAUCGCCUUUUCCAUCAUUGUACCCGAUUUUGGCUAUGGUACCUUGUCGGCGCUGUUAUUCUUGCUGCCAUCCUCCUCCCUAUCCUCUUCAAGGUUAUCAUUCCCGCCAUCGUGCAGUCUUUGGUUAGCAAGCAGUCGCUGCCAAUCGACAGCGGCUCACUUAUUGUACUGGAUCCUCGUACCAUCAAAAUCUCCUUGACCACAGAGCUGGACACCCCUCUGCCGGUUGAUAUUGACACCACUGUGCUGCACCUCUACAACAAAAACACAACAACCUACAGCCCGUAUCUUAACAUUACGCUGGAUGGCAUGCACGUCAACCACCGUACAACUGUUUCCAUCGUCAACCAGACCGUCCCCAUUGCCAAUGUUUCGGAGGCGUCUGUCUGGCUCGAUCAAGUCUUUGACAGAGAAGUAGCAGAUGUUUCCAUCAAGUCUGACUUGACUGUCCGCCUUGGUGCCUUGACUUCGUACCCUUCUUUAGACAAGACGGUGACCAUUCCUGGCUUGCGCAAGCUCUCUGGCCUUGGUAUCAAGGAUCUCAAACUCAGCAUGACAGCUGACAAGGACGGUAAUAAUGUCCAGGGUGCACUCAACGUGCCCAACUGGGGUGUCCUUAAGCUUUUCCUGGGCGAUAUCACAUUUGAUUUGGCCACUGCCGGCAUCACUAUCGGCCAGGUUACGCUCAAAGACACCAUGUUGAAUCCUGGCAACAACACAUGUCCUUUCUCAGGCACCCUGAGCAUCCCGAAUGUCAUUUCUAACAUCGGCAAAAUCCUGCCAGCCCAAGCCGAACCUCUCAAGGAUGGUAAAAUCAGGCUGCAGGCGAAGGGCAAUAAGACGGUCAUUAAUGGCGAGCGCGUUCCCAUUGUGGAGAGCGUGCUCAACACCCGAACUCUGGAAUUUGAUACCCCCGUCAUCAGCCUUCUUACUGAUGUUCUCGGCUCCUUUAUUGGCUCGGGCAACGGCAAAGAUGUGCUCUCCAACCUGCUUGGUGGCACAAUCGGCAACUCUACGUUGGUUGCGGAAGCUCUGGGCCACUGGAACAAGACCUCCAAUGGUAACUCGACAACUCCCAAGGCACCCAAGAGCAAACGCAACCAAGAGAACAUUAUGUGGAACAUAAUGCGCAUGGCCAUCAACAUGAAGAUGAACCACCCAGAGCUCUAAACGGCUACCUGGAAGGUCAGGCGGCGGAGGUAGUGGUGCAAGAAACUUUUUCCCGGAGAGAAUUUAUUUUUAAAGUUGGUGUUUGGAUGUAUUUAUGACGAGCCAUGAUGGGAUUUACUGUUUAUAUUCCAUGUUAUUUAAUGAUGAUGCUAUGAUA